GUGAUAUCGCAUAAUAAAAGCAGGUUCGACUCCAAGCUUCGAGUCGGUGGGCAUCAGAGGUUCUUCGCAUCGGAACGGGAAUAUUGAUCCUGGGUGCCGAAAUUGCCAUCUCUGCUAUUCAUUACUAACUUGUAAGAAAACUAUGAAGUGCUGUCUCGCUUUAAUUCACUUAACGCUGGCUGCGUGCUGUUAUGCGGACUUUGCGCCACCGAUCGUCAAAGUCAGUUUGGACGAGCCACCGAAAGAAAGAUGGGCACCGUUGAUGGAAGUGAUUGACGUGAGCUAUUUCAGAACGCUUCCGUCUCUGAUUAUUGAGUCAUUUGUGCCGAGCUGGUUACAUCAAGCCAUCAGACUUGUGAUAGAAACUUUGGAAGAUUACUUGCCACAGGACUAUUUAUCAGAAAUCCAGGGACUGGCUUCCCUGUCUGGAACUGACUCUACUGACAUCAUCCUCCUGAACUUCGGCUAUGAAAUCUCAGCGUAUUGCACGAGUAUCGUCGCACAGGACACAAAUGGCCGUAUCUACCACGGGAGGAACAUGGACUUCCCUUUAUUCAGAGACAUUCUGAGAAAUGUCACAGUUGAUAUUCUAUUUAUGAAAGAUGCAAAGGUGGCCUAUAGAGGGACCUCCUAUGCCGGCUAUGUUGGCCUGUGGACAGGACAAAGUGCAAAUAAUUUCACCAUCACUGGAAAUGCGCGUCUUGCUGGGAGUUGGUGGGGGAGUGUCAUCUGGGCCUUCAUAUGUAAAUUCACACCAGCCAGCUGGCUACUGAGACACACCCUGGCAGAAGCAGCAAGCUACCAUGAUGCCUUGGAACGCUUGUCUAAUGUUCCCAUCAUCAACUCUGUCUACUACAUCGUGGGCGGUGUGCAGCCGGGGGAGGGCGCUGUGGUGACCAGGGACCCCUGGGGAUCAGCAGACGUGUGGAGUCUUGAUCCUCCCCAUGGACAUUGGUUCAGGGUAGAGUCCAACAAAGACCACUGGAAGACCACACCAGAGGAUGACGAACGUAGAAAAUCAGCCAUCAAGGCAUUAAAUGCUACUGGUCAAGAGAACAUUAAUUUGGAUUCACUUUUUAAGGUGUUGUCAGUAAACGUGACAUGCCGUAGGAGCACGAUUUACACAACAGUGAUGAGCGCUGGAACUCCUGAGAAAUAUCGUACCGUAGUGAGAGAGCAUGGAUGCAAUUAAGACUGAACCUGAAGAUCUACAUGAGUGGCUCCUGGCUCCUGAUUGGCUGGGAAGUUAAAACCACAACAGCUGUCUGUGUUUGGUUAGGAAUGAUGUGCUUGUAGUCCAUGAAUUACCCCUCAGUUUACUAAUCAAUAUGCCUAAUCUUUUUCUUUAAUUUUAUUCACGCACAUUUUGUUAUAGAUUAAAAUUGUGACCUUUUAAAUCUAGGUAACAACUUAGAUCUACUUAAAUUAUUUAAAAAAUCAGCUUUUUAAAGCUUGAAAAUGUAACUGUAAUUGUUAUUACGACACUCAAAAUAGCUAUAAAGGUAUUGUUUCAUAUUAUUAAAAUAAAAUUGGUAAUCACAUGUGGUUA